AUGGUUAUACAGAGGGCCUAUCGGGAGUAUCGUGCACGGAACACCAGUCGACGUCAGGCGGAUUCCGAACGGAAGGCCGCGGUCACUAUCCAGAGUUGUUAUAGGAGAUACAAACAGAUGAAUCAUACUGGGACCUCUUCAUGUCCGUCAACUGAGAUACCUGAGCAUCCGACUUUGAAUGGUCAGAGUAUUAGGAUACAGAUUCCCCAGAACAAUUCUUCAUUGUUGCGGGAACAUCGAGCUGCGACAACAAUUCAGUUAGCAUAUCGUGGUCACAGAAAACGUCAAGCUGCCGCUAGAAAAAUCCAAAAAUUCAUGAAAGAGAACCGUAUGAAGUAG